CCUUUAAAAAAUCUUGCCGCGUCACUGGGAUGCGGUCGCCGGAGCCGGGCACCUCGUCUACCGUCCCCGCCUGCAUGCCCACCGCCGAGGGACCGCUCACCCUUUCCUCCACAUCCUGAAGAUGACAGCUCCAUCAAACCUAACCAACACAGCGCCACAGCAGCAGCGCUUUUUGGUGUUGUUCGACUUUGAUGAGACCAUCAUCAACGAGAGCAGCGAUGACGCUGUGGUGCGCGCCCUGCCCGGUCAAAAGCUGCCCGACUGGCUGAAAAACAGCUACAGGGAGGGGCACUACAACGAGCACAUGCAGAAGGUCUUGGUUUAUAUGGCGGAGCAGGGCGUGUCUAAGGACUCCAUUCAGUCGGCGGUGGAGAAGAUCCCACCCACACCCGGCCUCUUGAACCUCUUCCAGUAUCUGCAGAGCCACCAGCAGGACUUUGAGCUGGCGGUGGUCUCUGACGCCAACAUGUACUUCAUCGAAACGUGGCUGGAGCGCGCAGGGGUGCGUCACCUUUUCCGGAAGAUUUUCACAAACCCUGCCAGUUUUGAUGCGACUGGCCGGCUGGUGCUGCUCCCUUUCCACUCGCACUCGUGCUCCGGUUGCCCUGACAACAUGUGCAAGCAGGUGAUUCUUCGGGAGUAUCUGGCGGGCCGAUUAAAGGAGCGCGGUGGUGCUCCCUUCCAGAGGGUAUUCUACAUCGGAGAUGGGGCCAAUGAUAUCUGUCCUUCCCUGGCUCUGGGGCCCCGGGACACCGCCUUCCCCAGGAGGGACUUCCCCAUGCACAGGCUGCUGCAGUCCCAGGCUGCCAAGUUCAAGGCAAACAUUGUUCCUUGGGUCAGCGGUGAGGACAUAGUGGACUGCCUGAAGAAGAUAAUGGAGGAGAGAUGAGAUCAGUGUUUGUGUAUGUUUGUGUAUGAAAGAGUGAGUGGAAGAGGGGCAAAUAUAGUAAAAGUGCACCAACCCCUGUCCUGGUGAGUAGCAGGACAUGCAUGAUUUUACCCCAGCCACUCUCGGUACAACCCAUAAGGAUGUAACGAAAUCCUCUGCAUCGAUUUGAAUCAUCCAUUCUAAAGGGAUAGUUUUUGGAAAUACGCUUAUUUGCUUUUAGAUAAGAAAACAAAAGCCUCUGUGAUGUCUGCACAAGAAAUAUGUAGCUGGAGCAAGCAGUCAGUUAGCUUAGCUUAGCACAAAGACUGGAAACGAGGGGAAACAGCUAACCUGACUGUACAAGGAUAACAAAAUUCGCCUGCAAUUUUUAAAGCUGACUAAUUAACACGUUAAACGUCAUUUGUUUAUGCUAUACAAAAAACAAAGUAUUAAAGUAUAAAAAAGGCAAGUUGGGGUUUUAUGGAGGUUUUGGGAGCAGUUGCUAGGCAACUAGAAGUCACCGCAUCCGGCUGAGAAACAGUCCGAAACAUAACCGAUCAAAAAGGGCGAGUUAUCAUUUUACACUUUGACUUUUGUCCAGAUUAAAGAGAAAUUAGUUAUUAUGUGUUAAUUAGUGAGUUUUAAAGGUGUUGAAAGGUGGAUUUUUUUGCUUUGGGCACGUCCAGGCUAGCAGUUCCCCUUUGUUUGCAGUCUUAAUGCUAGGAUAAGAUAACCGGCAGCAUAUUAACUGUACGGAUGAGAGAGGAGAGUAGUGGUAGUCUUCUCAUCUAACUUAUAAGCAUAUUUCCCAAAAUGUUUGAUUAUUCCUUCAGAGUAUAAUUGUUAGGUUUUAAAUGUGUAUACAGUAUUAGAAGUUGACUCCCAUUGCAAGUAAACAAGCUCACGAUUGACAGUGGAGAUAUGCAGUACUGAUGAUGCACUAAGUUCUGGUUUUUGAGUCUGAUCAAAAUGCUGAAGAUCUUAACCAAAGUUGUGUCUAGUGUUCUCCGGAGUGGACUAAAUCCGAUGCAGCCAGCUCACUUAACAGCCCAUUCCUGUCAAUAUGAAUGUAAUUUACAUUUGAAUAUCUCAAUGUAUUUGACAUGUUUGAGCAAUCUUAGCUGUGAAAUUUUGUGUGAAUGAAGAAAAACAUCUUAAAACCACUCCAUUUACGGGGGUCUUCGUGUUGACAGGCUCCUUUUUAAAACACUCACAGCCACGUUCAAGGCCUCGACGAUGGACACAUAAGUAGGAUCGGGUGUUAUAGCACUGCCUGGGACAAAAGACCACACAUGUCGUGUCAGGCAGGGACAAGGUCGGCAUAGAACAGGGAUAAGGUGACAGUCGCUGUGCUCUCUCCACCAGUCAUUACUGAUACCUAAUCUAGGGCUUGAUUAUUCAAUGGUAAUCUACACCAGCAUUGGAUCCAAAGGGAACGUUGCAGCCAUACGCCCGCCUGUGACUCUGAAGCAGUGGAAGAAAAUGUAAUGCAAAGCACCAAUUGGAAAAUUUUAAGCUCUGGUUCUAAUUCUAUUAGCACCUAGUGUGCUUGUACCCUAUUAAAACUCCCUGUGAAUAUUAGUAUUGAUAAAGAGCCGUCUGUCCAGUACCUUCUCAUGUUUGAAUGUAUUCCCAGUAAACUGCAGUGUUGUGAGUGAAUGAUGACGAGGGUUUCGGCCUCUUUAGUACGUUUGCAUAUUAACUCAACGUGUAACCUCAUUUUGCCUCACUCAAUUCAUGACAGGGACUAGAGAAUACGUACAGAAAUAUCAAUAAGGAGCACUUGUAUUCAUGGAUGUGGUUUACAGGGACAUUAAUAUUGUUUUUAAGUUCAGGAAAUUUUUAAAUAUAUCUUGUUCAAUCUUGUACGUGAAAGCUUUUUCCAUCCAAUAAGCUAUCUAAAUUCUGAUACGAAUGGGGUGUGUACUGUAUACUGUACACUUGUUUACUUCUGCAGCCUAUUUAAGGUUUCCACGUCAGUGUGCACACCAGUUAGCACCCACUAAUUUGGUCCUGUCUAGUAAUCAAAGGUAGUAUGAAUAAUUAAGUGUAUAUUUGCAUACACUUCGUAUUUUAAAUAUUUAAAAUAUUUCAUCCAUAUCCAUAGACUGUACAUCUUGUUCAAGCCAUUACAGUUAACAAUAAGAACGUUUGGUUGCUGAUGAAAAGCAGUAAAACAGUAAUAAGUUUGUUAAUUGAUGACAUACUUCUAGCCUUAAAAGACAAAAUUAUGCUGUAGAAGUGCUGGAAAUGUCCUCUAACCAGUGUUUUCGUUUCUCAGGGAGUAGAGAAGAAGUGUUAACGAGCAAACAUAAUAAUAUAUCUUUUUAAACAACUGCUGCUCUAAGAACAAAACGUUCAAACAGUUUAAAUGUGGACGAGACGUAAUUAACGCAGCUGGAGUUUGAUCCUGAAGUUCUUUGGGAUCAAAGCCCAGGCCCUGAAUGCUUUGUGAUUAAAGUUCUGUGAGCUUUGCUCCUCCUGAUGCUAGAAGUAAGGGUAUUUUAAUUUGUUUUAACUGUCUGUGUACCUGUAAAACUUCCACUGAGUUUUGUGCAAUAAUUAAAUGCUGUGUUCUUGAUUUAAUGUAACAUAGAUUUAAGGUUAAACAGAAAGCAAAACUUGGCAUUUGACAUUUUCAGGGAUGUGAACUGACACCAGACCACCAAGUGUUUUUAAUGCAACUUUAAAAUUGUGGCUUCACGACAACCAAAUAAAAUGAUGUGAUGUUAGGACUCUGCUUGGCUAGAAUGCUACUUUUUUUCUUUCUUUUUUUGUGGUUUAUGUGUGUAAUGCAUCAGUGUAACAGGAAUAUA